AUGAGCGCAACGUUACAACCCUAUCUGGAGGCAGUCAGGAGGACAUUAGAGGCUGCGAUGUGCCUUGAGCAGUUCAGCUCGCAGGUUGUAGAGAGGCACAAUAAGCCCGAGGUUGAAGUAUGCACAUCCAAAGAACUGCUGUUAACCCCGGUGGUUGUGUCACGCAGCAAACAAGAACGUGUUCUCAUCGAACCAUCUAUUAAUUCAUUACGAGUCAGUAUCGCUGUUAAGCAAGCGGAUGAAAUCGAGAAAAUUCUCUGCCAUAAAUUCACUCGAUUUAUGUGCCAACGCGCCGAUAAUUUCAUCAUACUGAGAAGGAAACCCAUAGCUGGUUACGACAUCUCAUUUCUGAUCACUGCAACGCAUACAGAAAUGAUGUAUAAACAUAAACUAGUCGAUUUUCUGAUUCAUUUUAUGCAAGAAAUUGAUAAGGAAAUAAAUGAUAUGAAGUUGGCUUUAAAUGCACGUGCUCGUGUCUCGGCUGAGGAAUUCUUGAAGCGUUUCAAUUGA